UUCAGCGAUGUGGGUCUGUCUCCAUCUUCCAGUCUUUUUGGCUUCCGUGACCUUAUUCGAGGUUGCAGCAUCUGACACAAUUGCACAGGCCGCCAGCACCACCACCAUCUCUGAUGCUGUGAGUAAGGUCAAGAUCCAGGUCAACAAGGCCUUCCUGGAUUCCCGGACCAGGCUGAAGACGACCUUGAGCUCUGAGGCACCCACCACCCAACAGCUCUCAGAGUACUUCAAGCACGCCAAGGGCCAGACCCGCACGGCCAUUCGCAACGGGCAGGUGUGGGAGGAGUCCUUCAAGAGGCUGAGGCGGGACACAACCCUGACCAACGUCACAGACCCUAGCUUGGACUUGACUGCACUCUCCUGGGAGGUGGGCUGCGGUGCCCCGGUUCCUCUGGUGAAAUGUGAUGAAAACAGCCCUUACCGCACCAUCACGGGAGACUGUAAUAACAGGAGGAGCCCCGCGCUGGGCGCCGCCAACAGGGCGCUGGCGCGCUGGCUGCCGGCGGAGUACGAGGACGGGCUCGCCCUGCCCUUCGGCUGGACGCAGAGGAAGACGCGCAACGGCUUCCGCGUCCCGCUGGCCCGUGAGGUAUCCAACAAAAUUGUAGGCUACCUGGACGAAGAUGGUGUUCUGGACCAAAACAGGUCCCUGCUCUUCAUGCAGUGGGGUCAAAUUGUGGACCACGACCUGGACUUUGCCCCGGAAACGGAACUGGGGAGCAACGAGCACUCUAAAACCCAGUGUGAGGAGUACUGUAUCCAGGGAGACAACUGCUUCCCCAUCAUGUUCCCGAAAAAUGAUCCCAAGUUGAAGACUCAAGGGAAAUGCAUGCCUUUCUUCCGAGCCGGGUUUGUCUGCCCCACUCCACCUUACCAGUCGUUGGCCCGAGAACAGAUCAAUGCUGUGACCUCCUUCCUGGACGCCAGCUUAGUGUACGGCUCUGAGCCCAGUCUGGCCAGCCGUCUCCGGAACCUCAGCAGCCCGCUGGGCCUCAUGGCUGUCAACCAAGAAGCCUGGGACCACGGGCUGGCCUACCUGCCCUUUAACAACAGGAAGCCGAGCCCCUGUGAGUUCAUCAACACCACUGCCCGCGUGCCCUGUUUCCUGGCGGGAGAUUUUCGAGCCUCAGAGCAGAUCCUGCUGGCCACUGCCCACACCCUCCUUCUCCGGGAGCACAACCGGCUGGCCAGAGAACUAAAGAAACUCAACCCUCAAUGGGAUGGAGAGAAGCUCUACCAGGAAGCCCGGAAAAUCCUGGGAGCUUUCGUCCAGAUUAUCACCUUUAGGGACUACCUACCCAUUGUGCUAGGUAGUGAGAUGCAGAAGUGGAUCCCGCCCUACCAAGGCUAUAAUAACUCUGUGGAUCCCCGAAUUUCCAAUGUCUUCACCUUUGCCUUCCGCUUUGGCCACAUGGAGGUUCCCUCCACUGUGUCCCGCCUGGAUGAGAAUUACCAGCCAUGGGGUCCGGAAGCAGAGCUCCCCCUGCACACCCUCUUCUUCAACACCUGGAGGAUAAUCAAAGAUGGUGGAAUUGACCCUCUGGUGCGGGGUCUGCUGGCCAAGAAGUCCAAACUGAUGAAUCAGGAUAAAAUGGUGACGAGUGAGCUGCGCAACAAGCUUUUCCAGCCCACUCACAAGAUCCACGGCUUUGACCUGGCUGCUAUCAACUUACAGCGUUGCCGGGACCAUGGGAUGCCUGGGUACAACUCCUGGAGGGGCUUCUGUGGCCUCUCACAGCCCAAGACGCUGAAGGGGCUGCAGACCGUGCUGAAGAACAAGAUACUGGCUAAGAAGUUAAUGGAUCUCUACAAGACCCCCGACAACAUUGACAUCUGGAUUGGAGGCAACGCUGAGCCCAUGGUAGAAAGGGGCCGCGUGGGGCCUCUCCUGGCCUGCCUCCUAGGGAGGCAAUUCCAGCAGAUACGUGAUGGGGACAGGUUCUGGUGGGAGAACCCUGGGGUCUUCACUGAGAAGCAGCGGGACUCUCUACAGAAAAUGUCCUUCUCGCGCCUCAUCUGUGACAACACCCACAUCACGAAGGUCCCGCUGCAUGCCUUCCAGGCCAACAACUACCCACAUGACUUUGUGGAUUGCUCAGCCGUUGAUAAGCUGGAUCUCUCACCCUGGGCCUCCAGGGAGAAUUAGGGGCCCGGACUCCACAGCCUCCCACACU